CCGGUUUCAGAUUUACAGAACAGAGCUUCCAGGCAGGACGCGCGGUAGCCUGACGGCCGCGAGGAUUCCAUUCCCCUGACCCGGCCCGGCUUGACCCUGCCCGGGAGCGCCAUGUUCGUGCGUGGGUCCCGAAGGCGCCGCUCGGCGCGCACGCCUCCAGAGGCAGAGGACCCAGACCGAGGCCAGCCCUGCAAUUCCUGCAGGGAGCAGUGCCCUGGCUUCCUGCUGCAUGGCUGGAGAAAGAUCUGCCAGCACUGCAAAUGCCCACGGGAGGAGCAUGCUGUGCACGCGGUGCCUGUGGACCUGGAACGCAUCAUGUGUCGGCUAAUCUCAGACUUCCAGCGCCACUCCAUCUCUGAUGAUGACUCGGGCUGUGCCUCAGAGGAGUAUGCCUGGGUGCCCCCUGGUCUCAAGCCAGAGCAGGUAUACCAAUUUUUCAGCUGCCUCCCGGAGGACAAGGUCCCCUAUGUCAACAGUCCCGGGGAGAAAUACAGGAUCAAGCAGCUGCUCCAUCAGCUGCCCCCACACGACAGUGAGGCACAGUACUGCACAGCACUGGAAGAGGAGGAGAAGAAAGAGCUCAGAGCCUUCAGCCAGCAGCGGAAACGGGAAAAUCUGGGGCGUGGCACUGUUCGCAUCUUCCCAGUGACCAUCACUGGGGCCAUCUGUGAGGAGUGUGGGAAGCAGAUUGGAGGCGGGGACAUUGCAGUGUUUGCCAGCCGCGCAGGCCUGGGUGCCUGCUGGCACCCCCAGUGCUUUGUGUGUUCCACGUGCCGGGAGCUGCUGGUGGACCUCAUCUACUUCUACCACGCUGGCAAGGUCUACUGUGGUCGCCACCACGCCGAACGCCUGCGCCCGCGCUGCCAAGCCUGUGAUGAGAUCAUCUUCUCUCCUGAGUGCACGGAGGCCGAGGGCCGGCACUGGCACAUGGGUCACUUCUGCUGCUUUGAGUGUGAAACAUCGCUAGGAGGGCAGCGCUAUGUCAUGCGUCAGAGCCGCCCCCACUGCUGCACCUGCUAUGAGGCUCGUCACGCGGAGUACUGUGAUGGCUGUGGGGAACACAUUGGCCUGGAUCAGGGCCAGAUGGCUUAUGAGGGCCAGCAUUGGCAUGCCUCAGACCGCUGCUUCUGCUGUAGUCGCUGCGGGCGAGCCCUGCUGGGCCGCCCCUUCCUGCCACGCCGUGGCCUAAUCUUCUGCUCGCGAGCCUGCAGCCUGGGGUCCGAGCCCCCGGCUCCGGGGCCCGGCCGCCGCAGCUGGAGCGCGGGCACAGUCCCCCCACCGCUCACAGCCUCCACAGCCUCUUUCUCUGCUGUGGAGGGGGCGUCCGAGACCUCCACCAAAGGCGCCAGCACCGAGCCAGCGCCUGCUGCAGGUGAGGAGCCCACCCGCUUUCUGAGAGGGGCCCCUCACCGCCACUCCAUGCCUGAGCUGGGGCUCCGCAGCGCCCCGGAGCCACCCCCAGGGACCUCGGGCCAACCAGACCCCGAAGAUGGUGCCUUCGGUCGUCAGAGCGCCCCGCGUGUCAGUUUCCGGGACCCUCUGGUGUCUGAGGGAGGCCCGCGGCGGACCCUGAGUGCACCCCCAGCCCAGCGCCGCAGGCCUCGUAGUCCCCCUCCCAGGUCCCCCACAUGUCACCGCCACCACCAUCAGCACCACCACCACCACCACCAUCAUCGCCGCCGCCGCCGCCGCCGCCGCCGCCGCGAUCACCACCAUCAGUGUGACUUGGCAUCAGGGUCGGACUCAGAAUCUUGCUCCAGCUCGCCCUCCAGCUCUAGUUCGGAGUCCUCAGAGGACGAUGGCUUCUUCCUGGGGGAACGCAUCCCACUGCCCCCGCACCUGUGCAGGCCAGUGCCGGCUCAGGACACUGUAACAGAGAAUAUCAACUCCCCAUCUUCACCGCCCCGGGGGAACUCAUGUCCAGGGAUGACUGGCCAGUCCAGAGACAAGAACUGCAUCGUGGCCUGAAGGUGAAGCAGUCCUGGGGGUUCCAUUCUCAAGUCAGUGUAGCUGGUGAUCUAUCCCCCAACCUAAGUCAUAAAUCCCCUUCCUUCCUCCCUCCUUU